CACCACCUGGCUCUAUCUCAGCCUCUUGAGUAGCUUGGAAUUACAGGUGGGAGCACCAGGAGUUUCAGGUCAUCUUCUGCUCCUUUAGAGAACUGAGGCUGACUGGGGGUACACGACUCUCAAAAAAACAAUUUAAUGCCGAUAAAAUACAUGAGUCUUAUAACGCGAGCAAGGUCUGCGAUUGGAGGUUUCCAGCAUGCUUUCAAAAAAUUUUCCUGGUGCUCCAGAAAAAAAAGACCAUCGCAGCAAAGCAAGAAAGCAAUAUGGAAGCAGAAACUCAAAACCGAGACAUAAAUUUUCCAAAGAUGAGCUGAAGAAACUUAAACAAGAAUUUGCAAGUGCUCCUUAUCCAGACUUCACAACCAAGGAUGAGCUGGCCCGGCAGUUCCAGUGUGAAGUGAGCGUGAUUGACAACUGGUUUCAGAAUAAAAGAGCCAGAUUGGCACCAGAAUUGAAAAGCAAAAUUUCUGCCAUGAGAAGAACGCGCAGGUGCCAAGAUUACAUGCGUACAGGUCACCAGGAUACCCAGGCCCCGCAAGCUUCUGGUGAACAGUACGGCUCAUGUGACUCUGUGGUUCGAAGCAUCGGAAGGAGAUCAAUUGGCACUGUGGAGUAUCAAGGGGCCACUGGAAGUGAAUCUUCUUUCAGACCAACAAACUUUACUUUUCCCCCUGUAUCUGAGCAGUAUUAUAUGGGUGACCAGCUUGAGACACAGGAAACCCAAUAUUUUACAUUCUCGUACUGACAAUGUUCCUUGUAAACAGGGGCAAAGCUGGGUUGGUUGUAACUGUUCCCCAGUGCUCCCAGGACAGCAGCAAAUAACUGGGAAUAUUAGCAACCACUGCGCUACCAAGAGAGGGUUCCCAUGGCAGACUGGCUCAUUGUGCACCAGAGUCAGAGAGAUGGAGACACAGCAGGCGCUCAGAUGCUCCUCGGCCAGCUGCAGUCAGUGUUCCACCAAAUGCUGCUUUGGCUACAUGGGCAGCAAGGGACUCCUCAGGAGAGCAGUCCUGUCAAAACACACAAGCUUCAGGAAUUUAGAAAGCAGCAUGGGGGGCUAAAGUGGAGUCCAGGAGUCUCAACAAAGAUCCAGGGUUCCCAUGGGUGAUUCUAGAAGAGGAAGGUUGUGACCUAGUCCUAGCUAUAAGCUUUUUUUUUCCUUCCCCUAACUGUCAGGCAUAUCAAUGCUUUUAACUUCUAUGGACCAGAUUGGCCAAUCUUCUAGGACUCCUGGCAGGUGCUGUUAGAAAAAGGAAAGCACAGGGCCAGCUUGUCCAAUCCAGCCUCCAGGGCCUCAGUAGCCAGUGGCAGCCCAAGGGGCUUUGAUCUUCUCAGUGGCUCCAAAUCUGAGGGAGGCCUGACAUGUUCCCCAGAGUAUUGAGUUCCUGGGUCAGCUGUCAGAGCCUAGCUACAAGUUUAGAUGGUCACUAUUGGACGGAUCCGAUUUUAGAUGUAGUGGAGAGAGUUAUCCAGAGAGCCAGAGCUCAUUUGGCCAAAUAGGCAAAUAAGAAGUUUACCCUUGUUAACCUGGAGGUUAUUAUUGUUAAUGUCUUCCCCUCCUAACUCCCUUGAGGGUUUUUUGUUUUAUUUUAUCUUAGAAUGCUGCUUAGAUUAUUAGAGGUUUUAUUUCUAGAGGAUAUAAUCAACUGUUGUAACACUUUAUAAGACAUGAAAAGGUGGAGGGGGUGUAUUCAGAGUCUGAGACUGUGAAUACACAUUGUAUACAAGUGUUAAGUUGUCCAAGAAUGAAUAA